CGGAAGGAUGCGUUCCCGGAAGUUCCGGUGGGGCCGUCGCUGUGUGGGGUAAACAAUAAUGGCGGAGGCUGCGGUGGCCCCCGGUGGUGGCGGAGUAGCGGGAGCGACAGCCACGGCAGCGGUUGUCACGGCUUCCAGCGCUGGCGACUCCGCCACCACCCUCACCACCACGGCCUCCAGCCUCCCCACAGCCGAGCCUCAGCCACCGUCCGCCGGAGCCGGAGGGGGAAGCAUCAGCGGUUGGACUAAGCAAGUCGCCUGCAGAUAUUUCAUGCAUGGUGUUUGCAAGGAAGGGGACAACUGCCGUUAUUCCCAUGACCUCUACACUACCCACUCUGGCAUGGUGUGUAGGUAUUUUCAGCGAGGAUGCUGUGCUUAUGGAGAUCGUUGCAGAUAUGAACAUACUAAGCCAUCGAAAAGAGAAGACACAACUACUGUGAGUCCAGUUGCAAAAACCUAUUCUUCGGCCUCAACGGAUGUGACCCCAUCUCCUGGAACACUUGAAGUGAGCAGCGGUGAGACUGAAGACAAAGAGCUGGCAGCUGCAGGAGCUGGGGCUGAAGAUUGGGUGAAUGCUGUGGAGUUUAUUCCUGGGCAGCCGUAUUUUGGUCGUGCUGCUCCUUCCUGCACUGAAACUCCUCUGCAGGGAAUGGUAAUUGAAGAGGAAUAUGAAAAACAGCAAACCAGUUUAGAGAUGAAGAAACAGCUAUGUCCCUAUGCUGCAGUAGGAGAAUGCCGUUACGGAGAAAACUGCGUAUAUAUUCAUGGGGAUAUCUGCGACAUGUGUGGCUUGCAAGUCCUCCAUCCUGCUGAUGCUGCACAGAGAUCAUUACACAUAAAGUCAUGCAUCGAAGCUCAUGAGAAAGACAUGGAGCUCUCCUUUGCGGUUCAGCGUAGUAAAGACAUGGUGUGUGGCAUCUGCAUGGAGGUGGUAUAUGAAAAAGCCAAUCCCAGCGAGCGUCGAUUUGGGAUUCUAUCCAACUGCAAUCAUACUUACUGUCUCAAGUGCAUUCGCAAGUGGAGGAGUGCUAAACAAUUUGAGAGCAAGAUCAUAAAGUCCUGCCCAGAAUGUCGGAUCACAUCUAACUUUGUCAUUCCAAGUGAGUACUGGGUGGAGGAGAAGGAAGAGAAGCAGAAACUCAUUCAGAAAUACAAGGAGGCAAUGAGCAACAAGCCAUGCAGGUAUUUUGAUGAAGGCCGUGGGAGCUGCCCAUUUGGAGGGAACUGUUUUUACAAACACGCAUAUCCUGAUGGCCGCCGAGAGGAGCCCCAAAGGCAGAAAGUGGGAACUUCAAGUAGAUACAGAGCUCAGCGGAGAAACCGGUUCUGGGAAUUCAUUGAAGAGAGGGAGAGCAGCGAUCCCUUUGAGAACGAUGAGGAUGAGGUGGUGACCUUUGAGCUGGGUGAAAUGCUUCUCAUGUUGCUGGCGGCAGGAGGCGAUGAUGACCUAACAGACUCCGAGGAUGAAUGGGACUUGUUUCAUGAUGAGCUGGAAGACUAUUAUGACUUGGACCUAUAGCACAUCUUUGUGGUGUUUGGACUGUCUGCUCCAUUUUUUUUCCCCCUCCCAGGCAGUAGCUCUUUUUCCUGUGGUGUUGUGGCAGUGCCUGUGUUUUUCUCCUAGGCAGGCCUAUCAAUUCCAGGUGCUGCUGUUGUAAUAACUCCCCCACCCCACCCCAAAAUCUGUCUCCUUUUCCCUGCCUUCCCCCCUCUUCCAAGCCCUAGGAGUGUGUUUCUUUUUCUGUUAAAACAAAUGACAUGAAAUAAACCUUUAAAGCGUUA